AAAAAACUCUCUUGAAACUUCAGGGAAGAAAAAAAAAAGGGCUCCGAGUAGAGAAUUUUCUCGAGAAAAAAAAAACCCUCCUCCUUUUACUUCGCGAGAAAAUCUUCGUUGCAUUGACGGUCACGUGACGCAUUUCGGUCAGAUUUUCUUCUGAUCCAAACAUCGCUACAAUGCUCUCGCUACAGGGCGAUCCCCUGCACCCCCACCACCAUCAUCCACCGCUCCAAUUAGCGCCGUACAGCUCGGACCUCCGCGAUGAGUCGUUGGCUGCUGCUGCUGCUGCUGCUUCUUCUUCUUCUUCCUCUUCUUCUGUUUCCAAUCUCAAGCGCUCUCAGGCCUUGAACUCUCAUGAAGUUGAUGAAGGCAUGCUCAUGGCCCUUGCUCAUCAGAUGUACAAAGCUGGAAAUUUUAAGCAGGCAUUAGAACACAGCAAUGCUGUUUAUGAGCGAAACCCACAGCGGACUGAUAAUCUUCUUCUAUUGGGUGCAAUCCAUUAUCAGUUGCAUGAUUUUGAUAUGUGCAUUGCAAAAAAUGAAGAAGCACUUCGACUUGACCCCCGUUUUGCUGAGUGCUAUGGAAAUAUGGCAAAUGCUUGGAAGGAGAAAGGAAAUAUUGACUUCGCCAUCCGCUACUAUCUGAUUGCUAUUGAGCUUCGACCCAAUUUUGCUGAUGCAUGGUCAAACUUAGCUAGUGCAUACAUGCGUAAAGGAAGAUUCAAUGAGGCAGCCCAAUGUUGUCGUCAGGCUCUUGCGUUAAAUCCUCGUUUGGUUGAUGCUCACAGUAACCUUGGGAAUUUGAUGAAAGCUCAAGGUUUAGUGCAAGAGGCAUACAAUUGCUAUGUCGAGGCUCUUCAAAUCCAACCAAAUUUUGCAAUUGCAUGGUCCAAUCUUGCUGGCCUUUUCAUGGAAGCUGGUGAUCUUAACAAGGCACUUCAAUAUUAUAAGGAAGCUUUAAAGCUCAAACCAACAUUUUCUGAUGCCUACCUUAAUCUUGGAAACGUGUACAAGGCUCUGGGAAUGCCUCAAGAGGCAAUAGGAUGUUAUCAGCGUGCUCUUCAGGUGCGGCCAGACUAUGUUGUGGCCUAUGGAAAUUUGGCUAGUUUAUAUUACGAGCAAGGCAACCUAGAAUUGGCGAUUUUCCAUUAUAAGCGAGCCAUUUCUCUUGAUUCAGAAUUCUUGGAGGCUUACAAUAACUUGGGCAAUGCUUUGAAGGAUUCCGGAAGAAUUGAAGAAGCAAUUCAGUGCUACCAUCAAUGUCUUGCCCUACAAGUUAACCAUCCACAAGCGCUUACUAACCUUGGGAACAUAUACAUGGAAUGGAAUAUGCUGAGUGCUGCUGCUUCAUGUUAUAAGGCUACACUGUCUGUAACAACAGGACUUUCUGCUCCUUUCAAUAAUUUAGCAAUAAUAUAUAAACAGCAGGGUAAUUAUGCGGAUGCUAUUUCUUGCUACAAUGAAGUCCUCCGGAUUGAUCCUUUGGCUGCGGAUGGACUUGUCAAUCGUGGAAACACGUACAAGGAGAUUGGAAGAGUUAAUGAAGCCAUUCAAGACUACAUACGGGCCAUUACCAUCAGGCCUACAAUGGCUGAGGCUCAUGCAAAUCUAGCUUCAGCUUACAAGGACAGUGGACACGUUGAAGCUGCUAUAAGAAGCUACAAGCAAGCACUAAUACUACGCCCUGAAUUCCCAGAAGCAACUUGUAACCUUCUUCACACACUACAGUGCGUUUGUGACUGGGAGGACCGGGAGAGCAAAUUUAUUGAAGUUGAAGGGAUACUCAGGAAACAAAUAAAGAUGUCAGUUAUUCCAAGCGUGCAGCCUUUCCAUGCGAUAGCGUAUCCCAUUGAUCCAAUGCUUGCCCUGGAAAUCAGCCGUAAAUAUGCUGCACACUGCUCCGUCAUUGCAUCUCGCUAUUCACUUCCUCCCUUCAACUAUCCUGCACCCUUGCCCAUAAAGAAUGAGGGCAGGAUUGGACGCUUACGAGUUGGAUAUGUGAGUAGUGACUUUGGUAACCACCCUCUUUCUCACCUCAUGGGAUCUGUAUUUGGCAUGCAUGACAGAGAAAAUGUUGAGGUGUUCUGUUAUGCAUUAAGUCCAAAUGAUGGCACUGAAUGGAGACAGCGUAUUCAGUCAGAAGCAGAGCGCUUCAUAGAUGUGUCAUCCAUGUCAUCUGAUAUGAUUGCCAGGCUGAUUAAUGAGGAUAAAAUACAAAUCCUCGUCAAUCUUAAUGGCUAUACUAAGGGGGCAAGGAAUGAAAUAUUUGCAAUGCAGCCUGCUCCUAUUCAGAUUUCUUACAUGGGAUUCCCUGGAACCACAGGGGCAAGUUAUAUUCAUUAUUUGGUCACUGAUGAGUUUGUAUCCCCUUCUCGUUUUUCUCACAUCUAUUCAGAAAAGCUUGUCCACCUUCCUCAUUGUUACUUUGUAAAUGAUUAUAAGCAGAAAAAUUGUGAUGUAUUGGACCCAAAAUGCCAACCAAAGAGAUCAGAUUAUGGCUUACCAGAAGACAAGUUUAUCUUUGCAUGUUUCAAUCAGCUUUACAAGAUGGAUCCUGACAUUUUCAAUACAUGGUGCAAUAUUCUUAAACGUGUCCCCAAUAGUGCACUUUGGCUUCUCAGAUUCCCAGCUGCUGGCGAACUCAAACUUCGCACCUAUGCUAUGCAACGCGGUGUGCAACCAGAUCAGAUUAUUUUCACAGAUGUUGCCAUGAAAAAUGAGCAUAUUAGACGCAGUUCUUUAGCAGAUUUGUUCCUUGACACACCAUUAUGCAAUGCGCAUACAACAGGCACUGAUAUUCUAUGGGCUGGUCUUCCUAUGGUGACCCUUCCCCUUAAGAAAAUGGCUACCAGAGUUGCUGGUUCCCUGUGUCUGGCCACUGGUGUUGGAGAGGAGAUGAUUGUUAGCAGUAUGAAAGAAUAUGAAGAGAGGGCCGUCUCGCUUGCAUUGAAUCGCUCAAAGCUCCAAGAUCUUACCAACAGACUCAAAGCGGUCCGUUUGACUUGCCCUCUCUUUGACACAGCACGCUGGGUACGGAAUCUUGAGCGAGCCUAUUUCAAGAUGUGGAAUCUGUACUGCUCUGGCCAGCAUCCUCAACCAUUUAAAGUAACCGAGAAUGAUAUGGAAUUUCCAAGUGAGUGAUAGAUAGGAGCCAGGGUUGGGGGGGAGACGGGAGAUUGUACAUAAAAAAAAAAAAAUGAAGCAAAGAGUGCUACCAUCGUUAUUCAUCAUCUAGUUUACUGUUACUUACAAAAAAUCAUCUAGUUGACUGUUGGUUGGUUGUCCAGGAGAUGUUCACUCUCUGCUAUUACCAAUGGAUCAGUGUGUUUUUUGUUCUGCUAGUUUUUACGCCCUUACCAAGUGAUGUUCACUCUCCCUAUUUGUGACCUAUGGGGUGCAUAGUAGCUCAUGUUCAUACAUCGAAUUAGCGUCGUGUCGUGUUUAGUCA